AUGGGACUGAUGAUGCUCCGGGAUUUCGCUGAAGGCAAGAUGCCGGCCAGCAAGCUGCAGGAAUACGCCCAUGCUGCCGUGAAGAGUGGUGCAAAUGCUCCUGACUUGGCCAAGAUGGCUCAAUUGGGAGCAUAUGGCAAUUCAAGCCAGAACGCCCACAGAGAUCUGAUGAAAUUCGCCUUCAGCAAUGUGAUGGCCCCCAGACUGACCUUCGUCGAGACCAACGUCUCCUUUAGAGAUUUGGCCACUGGUGAAAGGAAAGUGACCCCCAAGAACGUGCCUGUGCUGCUGCUCGGCAGGCUCCCUCAUCUGUGGAUCGAGUCCCUCGACAAAGGCGGUGUGCUUGAAAGUAUUACAGCCAGUACGUCAGCAUUGAAGCAGUAUUGGUCAGAAGUGAACUUCAAGAGCCCCCAGAUGAAGGACCCUUUUUGGAAAACUUUCUCCGUCCAGAAGGAGCUGCCAAUACCACUUUUGAUACAUGGUGACCAUGCCAGUUUUUCUGAAACUGACAGCAUGCUGGUGGUCAGCAUUCGCUGCCUCAUAUCGGACAGGUCGAUUAAGAGCUCCGAGCUGCUGCUUGCUUGCCUGCCGAAAGAUGCCAAUGCUGGUUCUUGGACAGCCUUGUGGAAGGAACUCACUGCCAGUCUGAGUGUCCUGGCUGCAGGCAAGCGUCCAGACGGCAAGCCUUUGAGGCGAUGUGUGUUGAUGGCUGUGGCUGGGGAUCUGGAAUUCUUUGCCCAAGAGUUUGGAUGGCCCACUGCCUUGAGCAACCAGCCGUGUCCUUACUGUAAGGCGGACAACCUCUUCAACAAGGACAAAGAGGUGGCACCGUUCAACGACUUCCGCCCAUGUGCUGCAUGGAGGGGCAUGCUCAAGGCCCCACCAAACAACGGUCACCUCCUGUUCAGUGUCCCCGGAGUGAAUGCCUGGAGCCUGAAACUGGCACACCUGUUCGGGAACCUGCUCUACGACUUGGUGCAGGACGAGCUCCCUGGUUCUUCUUUUUUAGAGAGGAUCAUGGAAACAUAUGUCGAGCUGGGAAUCCCUGCCAAUCGCAGAAUUCCCAAGAUCGCCAAGACCAACCUCGUGGGGGCCUCUGACUACCCGUGCCUGCUGCACAUCAAGGGCCGGAAGAUCAGGGAUUUUGCCGAUGUGGCUGUUGUGCUGGCGAACAAGUUCACGGGGACGGAAGAGGGACGACACAGAGCAGAAGCUUGCAAGGCAAUGAAAACUCUGUAUGAUUUGGCUGAUCGGAAAGAAUGGUUCUGGAGCAGCAAGAACCACGAGAAAUUUGACAAGGCCGUGCAUGCCUUUCUGUCCCACUAUGCAUACCUGGCCAAGGCUGCAUUUCGCAAAGGCAAGACGAGAUACAGCAUCGUGCAGAAGUUCCACUUGUUGGCCCAUUUUCCUGAGCAGUGCAGAUGGGCCACACCCAGAACAUGUUGGACAUACGGCCCGGAGAGUUUUAUGUCCAUAGUGAAAAGGAUAGCUAGCAGCUGUGAUCGUGGAACUGCCGCCUGGCAGGUACCUGAAAAGGUUUGCAGCAAAUUCGCCUUGUUUCAUGACUUGAUCCUGAAGGGAUGGCUUGACAUGGAUCAGGAAGAUUGA